AUGGCAAGGUCACCCUUCCUACUCAUAAAAAAUCGGAAACUGGCCGUGAUCAUGAAUACUAAUGUUUUCCACUUGAAAAUGAUUGAUUUGCAAGACGAAAUGCUCAAGGAGACCAGUGACUUGAGUGUUUAUUGUUUCUACAUCAAGACCUUGGAAAGACAAUGGAAAAGUUGUUUGACACUUCCUUCGCAAUCUCGCUUUGCGCUAUGCUUUGCGAGAAUCUGCGGACAUUUUAGCUCAGCUCUUCAUGAUAUGUGCCCUGAGGAGAAGAACCACAUACUCGAAAAGUCUCUCGCCCUAUGCAACUCCAUCCUGGACGAUGUCUGCCAGUCGAUUACCGAUGUUGUAGGAGCUUUAUGCGAAUAUGAGUUGCGUCUUGCAGAACAAACAUCUCCGAGCACGAUAGCUGCUCAAAUCGUCUCCCAAAUGCUCCGUACUAAGGGUGGAAAAAAUGCAGCUGCAGCGCAAAAAGAUCCUGCUCCGGCUGGAGAGGAGAGCUACCGUGUCGACCGACAAACACUUACUUAUCCUGACAAACUGCAGACAACACUGAUACCUCUUGAUAUUACACGACUGUUCAACAAUGUUCUACUGCAGCAAACUCAGCCUCUUGAUUCACGCAAUAAGGAGACCAUGACUUACAUUUAUACCAAAUGGUACCUGGAGGUAGUUUUACGACGCGCAUCUGCAGGUCAUAUGUUGUGGAGCGAACACCUUCAAGCCAUGAUUUCCAGCGGAGAAGGAAUCGAGUUCGCUCCGGAGCAAUAUACGGAUCCUCGAGAACUACGAUGUUUGGCUCAGAUAAUUGGCCCAUACGGGGUGAAAUAUCUUGCUGAAAGGCUUACGUGGCAUGUUGCAAGUCAAAUAGGAGAACUGAAUAAG